CCGGAAGGGGAGGGGCGAGGCGAGCGGCCUGGUACGCGCCAGGUCACAUCAGAGGCUAGGGCUGGAGGGGCAAGCCUUGCAGACCCCCGGAAUGCCCAGGACACAGUGAGCUCAGGAAACGUGUAACAGACCGCGAAGGCUAGGUGGUCCUUCCGUGUCUCUGCCACGCGUAUUUCUAGAUAUGGAUCAGAAACUGUCCAACCUGGUUGAAGAGCUCACGACUUCGGGAGAACCCCAGCUGAGUCCUGAGAAAAUGAAGGAACUGAAGAAAAUUUGCAAGUCUUCGGAGGAGCAACUCAGCCGUGCUUACCACCUGCUCAUGGCCCAGCUGAGCCAGGACCAUGCCGAGAUCCGCCUCUCCGCAUUCCAGGCCAUAGAUGAGCUCUUCGCCCGGUCCCACCAGUUCAGGAUGCUGGUUGUUUCCAACUUCCAGGAGUUUCUGGAACUCACACUGGGCACUGACCAUGAGCAGCCCCUGCCGCCCCCCAGGGAGGUGGCCCAGAGGCUGCGACAGGCUGCCACCCGGGCCAUCCAAGGGUGGAAUGAGAAGUACGGCGCGGCCUACAAGAAGCUGGCUCUUGGCUACCACUUUCUAAAACACAGCAAACAGGUGGAUUUUCAGGAUGUGAGUGCACGGACUGUGGCAGAGAGAAAGCGGGAGGAGGAGAAGCAGAAGCGCUUGGAUAGAAUCUACCGGGAGAAGUCUGAGCGGGCCAUCAGGGAGAUGGAGGAAAUGGCCGAGGAGAUCCGGUGCUGCCUCACAGAGGUGGAGAGCUGCUUUCGGCUGCUGGUGCCACUGGACUUUGCCACAGGCCUGGGCGCCUCAUUGCCCACAGUGGCCUUCGAUGUGUCUGUGGAGAGUGCCUCUAGCUGGGCCAGUGCAGGAAAUCACGGAGACGAGGAGCAGCCCUGCUGUAGCAAGACCCUGCUUGCCUCUGCCAGCUGUCCAGGAGCCAGCAGUGGGGCGGGGCCCCCUCAGACCACCUCAGGGGCCAAGGAUGAAGAGGAGGAGGAGGACGAGGACGAGGAGGAGGAGGACAGCGACAGAGACAGUGACGAGGAAGAAUUCGUGCGGUGCCAUGGGCUGGGUUCCCACAAGUACAUGCUGAAUGUGGAGCUCUCCUCAGACAGCCUGAGGGUGCAUGAGGACGAGGACAACCAUGCCGUCAUCCAGUCAGCCCGGGACGCGCUCAAGCUUAUCCAGAACAAGUUCCUGCCAGCUGUGCGCUCCUGGGUCCAGCUGUUCACCCGCGCGGGGAUCCACGGUGGGCACUUAGAAGCUGCCAUCGACCUGAAGGCAGAAUUGGAAACCACCCUGCGGCGGUCGGAAGAGCUGGACAUUAAGCCUGAGGAGGGACGUCGGAGGGAGGUGGCAGCCCCAGGGGACGAGGAAGAGGAUGAGGAUGAUGGGGACUUUGUCGAGGUUCCAGAGAAGGAGGGGUAUGAGGCCUGCAUCCCUGACCACCUGCAGCCUGAGUACGGGCUGGAGAAGGACCCUUCUACCCGGGGCGUGCAGGCCAGGAGGACAACAAGGCAGGACGAGGAGGCGCAUGACCCCACCUCUGCUGCUGCCCAGCGUCACCACCUACGUGGACGCUCGCUCCCUGCCCCGAGCCCCAGGAUGCCUAUGGGACACGAGGAGGCUGGGAAGCUGGCAGCAGAGCGGGCCCGGGCACCUGUUGUACCCUUUGGGGUGGACCUGUGCUACUGGGGCCAGGAGCAGCCAGGAAAGAUCCUCAAGUGUGACUCUGAGCACCGCUUUUGGAAGCCCAGCGAGGUGGACACAGAAGUGGACAGUGCCGCUGUCUCGGAGAUGCUGCAGAGCCGCUCCAUUACCUUCGCAGGAAGGUUCGAGCCCGUCCAGCACCGGUGCCGUGCCCCGAGGCCUGACGGCCGGCUCUGUGAACGCCAGGACCGGCUAAAGUGUCCAUUCCACGGGAAGAUCAUCCCCAGAGAUGACAUGGGCCGGCCCCUCCAGCCAGAGGACAGGGCCUGGGAGCAGAGGCGGCUGCAGAAGGGGGCGGGGCAUGCAGAUUGGCAGGACCCCGAGCUUAUGAGAGAUGUGGAGGCUGCCACUGGAGUGGACCUUGGCUCGUCUGGGUCAAGCAGGAGCAGCAAGGGCAAGAGGAGGAAGCAUCCUGGCCUCACCGACCUGAAGCGGCGGGCCAACACUGCCCGCGCACGUAUUGCCAAGAAGGUGUUUGCCAAGGCUGCUGUGCAAAGAGUGGUCACAGUCAUGAAUCAGAUGGACCGGAAGAAGCACGAGAAGUUUGCAAACCAGUUUAACUAUGCGCUGAAUUAGAGGGCCAGACGUGGUGUGUACAGUCCCCUUGGCUGUCGGCCCCUCUUCCAGCCUCCCGCAGCCAGGGUGCCAGGAUGGGAACGCAGACACGGGACUGGGCUAGAACCACAGCCACCAUUUGUUGCAUGGAUUUCUUGAGAGGAAAUAGUGUGCAUUCUAAUCACAGUGCCCCAGAGAUACUGACGCUCCCCUGCCCUGGGGAGCCCCAGCCCUGCCCUGAGGAGCCACUGCCAUCUGGGUGAUAUGGGUCUGGCCUGCCUGAGAGCCUGGAGGUGACACAGGCAGCGUGUCCUUGCAGAGCCCCAACUCCACUUCCCAGCCUUCUCCCUGGGCAGUGGUCACUCGGACUCUAGGAAACCUCACACUUUCACAUAAACACUGUUUUUAAAACAAGCAGGAUCAUGAGCCACUUGGCGGCACCGCUCACGUUUCCAGCUCACGGAGCACUUUGGUGAUGGUUAUGCAUCAGAAUGCCAGCAACUACCUCACGGUUUUCAUGUUUUUAAAAAACAGCCUCAUACUCUCACACCCUAGAAUUCACCCUUUCAAAGUAUACCACUUAGUGGCAUGAAGUGCACUGUGUAACCUAGACCAGAACCUCUACACCAGGUUCCAGAACUUUCUGUCACCCCAGAAGAAAGCCUAUCCCCAUUUGCGGUCACUCCCCUUGUCCUUCUUCUAGCCCCUGGCCCCUCCUGAUUUGUUCGUGACACUGUCCUUUCUGGGUGGACGCGUCUUAGCAACAUGUGGCUUUUUGUGUCUGCUUUCUCCAUUCACUUAGCACAGCGGCUCCAGGGGUCUUGCGUGUUGUGGAAUAUGGCCCCACGAUGACACCUCUGUAUCACGGACAUUUGGGGAGUUCUCACACCAUUUGGCUGUGAUGAGUAAUGCUUCUGUGAACAUGUGUGUCCAAGUUUUGUGUGGACAUAUAUUUUCAUUUCUCUUAGGUUUAUGCCUAGAAGUGGAACUGCUAGUUCAUUUGGCCACUCUGUGUUUACUUGUUGAUGAACCGCCAGAUUGUUCAAAAGCAGCUACCCUGUUUUACUUUCAUUCCUGCCACAGCGCAAGGGGUCCAGUUUCUCUGUGUUCUUGCCAACACAUGAUAUCUCCUUAAUCUUAGCCACCUGGGUGUGAAGUGGUUUUUUUUUUAAGAUUUUAUUUGAGAAAAAGAGAGCAUGAGAGGGGGGAGGGGCAGAAGUAGGGGGAGAAACAAGUUCCUCCCUGAGCGUGGAGCUCCAUGUGGGGCUCAAUCCCAGGAUUCUGGGAACAUGACCUGAGCCCAAAACAGAUGUUUAACCAACUGAGACACCCAGGUAUCCCUGAAGUGAUAUCUUGAUUUGCAUUUUAAUUUGUAUUUUCCUAAUGACUAGUGAUGGUAAUGAUCUUUUCAUGUACUUAUUGGCCAUUUGUGUAUUUUUUUGGAGAAAUAUCUAUUCAGAUUCUUUAUCCAUUUUUAAUUGCAUUGUUUGAGUUGUUAGAAUUCUUUAUAUAUUCUAGGGGGCACCUGAGUGGCUCGUCAGUUAAACUUCUCUCUUAGGCUCAGGUCAUGAUCUCAGGGUGCUGGAAGCCAGUCUCACAUUAGGCUCCCUGCUCAGUGUGAGGUUUGCUUCUCCCUCUGCCUCUGCCUUUCCCCCUUCUUGUGCUCACACGCUCGCUCGCUCACUCUCUCUGAAAUAAAAAACCUUUUUUUUUUUUUUAAAGAUUUUAUUUAUUUAUUUGACAGAGAGAGAGAUCACAGGUCGGCAGAGAGUCAGGCAGAGAGAGAGAGAGAGAAGCAGGCUCCCGCUGAGCAAAGAGCCCGAUGCGGGGCUCGAUCCCAGGACACUGAGAUCAUGACCUGAGCCGAAGGCAGCGGCCCAAUCCACUGAGCCACCCAGGCGCCCCUAAAAAACCUUUUUAAAAAAGAAUUCUUUAUAUAUUCUAGACCCUUACAUUGUUUGCAAAUAUUUUCUCCCAUUCUCUUCUCACUUUCUUGAUGGUGCCCUUUGAAGCACUGAGUUGUUCAUUUUGAUGACACCCUGUAUCUGUUUUUUCUUUUGUUUUGUGUGUUUCUGGUCCAAGAUUGCCUGGUCCAAGAUCAUGAUUUACUCCCUAUGUUUUCUUCUGAAAGUUUUAUAGUUUUAGCUAUUUAGGUAUUUGAUCCAUUUUGAGUUAAUUUUUGUAUAUGGUGUGAGAUAGGGGUCCACCUUCAUUCUUUUGUGUGUGGAUUCCAGUUGUCCCAGCAUCAUCUGUUGUAAAAUUAUUCUUUCCCCCCACUGAAAUACCAUCACACCUUGCUGAUCAUCCGCUGGCCAUAAACGUAAGAGUUUAUUUCAGGAGUCUGCAUUCUGUCCCACUGACCUACAUAUCCUUGUGCCAGUGCUGCCGUGUCUUGGUCAUUAUAGCUUUGUGAUUUUGAUUCCUGAAAGUAAGUCCUCCCACUUUGGCUUUUUCAAGAUUAUUUUGGGUAUUCUGGGUUCCUUGCAAUUCCAAAUGAAUUUUAGGAUCGGCUUGUUGAUUUCUACCAAAAAAGGGCAGCUGAGAUUUUGAUAGAGAUUUUGUUGAAUCUAGGGAUUACUUUGGAAAGCACAGUCAUCUUCAUAUUAAGUUUUAUGAUUCAUGAACUUGGGAUAUUCUUAUUAUUUGACUCUUCUUUAGCUUAUUUCAAUAGUUUUGUGUAGUUUUCAGUGUACAAGUUUUACACUUAUUUUGUUAAACUUAUCCCUAUGUAUUUUAUUCUUUUUGAUGUUAUUGUAAAUAUAAUUGAUUUUUGUAUGUUGGUCUUGUAGCCUGAAACUGUGCUGAGCUCAGUACUAACUCUGUGUGUGUGUGUGUGUGUGUGUGUGUGUGUGUGUAGAUCCCUUGGGAUUUUCUCUAUGCAUAAUCAUGUCAUCUGCAAAUAGAAUGCUUUCUUUCUGAUUUGGAUGCCUGUCUUUCUUUUGCCUAAUUGCCUUGGUAAAUUAAGAACCUCCAGUCCAGUGUCAAAUAGCAGUGGUGAGAGCAGACAUCUUCAUCUUGUUCCUGGUCUUGGGGAGAAAGCUUUCAGUCUUUCACCAUUGAGAAUGGUGUAGGCCAUGGGUUUUUGUAGGUGCUUUUUGCCAGGAUGAGAAAGUUCCCUUCUAAUUCUAGUUUGUUGAAUGUUUUUGUCUUGAAAGGAUGUUGAAUUCUAUCAUAUGUCUUUCUGUAUCUAUUAAAAUGAUCAUGUAUUUCUUAUCCUUUAUUCUUUUGAUAUGGUAUAUUACAUGAAUUGUUUUUCACAUGCUGAACCACCCUUGCAUUCACGGGAUAAAUCCCAGUUGGUCAUGGUAUAUAAUUCUUUGUAUAUGUUAUUGCACCUGGUUUGCUAAUAUUCUACAAUUCCACUGACCUAGUUUGCUAGUAUUUUGUUAAGGAUUUUUGUGUCUGUGUUCAUAAAAGAGAUUACCACAGACUUUUCUUCUUAUGACGUCUGUCUGGCUUUGGUAUCAGAGUAGUAUGGGCCUCACAGAUUGAGCUGGGAAGUGUUCCUUCCUCUUCUGUUUUUUGGAAGAGUUUGUGAAGGAUUUGUAUUAAUUCUUUAAACAUUUGGUGGAAUUUACCAGUGAAGUUUUGUCCUGGGCUUUUCCUUGCGAGACUUUUUUAAAAAAUUAAUUUAUUUUCAUGGGUGCCUGGGUGGCUCAGUUGGUGAAGCGUCUGCCUUCGGCUCAGGUAAUGAUCCCAGGAUCCUGGGAUUGAGUCCCACCUCGGGCUCCCUGCUCGGUGGAGAGUCUGCUUCUCCCUCUGCUCCUAUUCCCCCUGCUUGUGCUCUUUUUCUCCUUGACAAAUAAAUAAAAUCUUUUUAAAAAUUAA